CCGUACGACGAUCCCAACCAUCCUGUAAUGUUGCCGUACCCCAACGACUGUCGCAAGUAUUUUGCGUGCCAGAAAGGACAGGCCUUCGAGCACCAGUGUCCUGAAAAUUUGUACUGGAGCCAAAUGACCUACCGCUGUGACUACAGGGAGUACUCCAACUGCAAAUCAGAGGAACCACCAAAGCCCAGCAAUGAGGUUAAAUACAGUCCAUUUCCCGGAGACUGUAGUAGAUUCUAUGAGACACGUAUCCUUCGUUGUGAGCAGGACUAUCAGUGGAGUGCCCUAUAUCAGCGAUGCGUAGCCCCACAGUAUUCUAGUUGUCAGGACUUUUCGGCUCCAUUUCCUCCUUCGAUCUCCUUGCCACCCUUCGAUACCAUACCUACUGCACCUACUCCACCAUCUGCAUCCUGGACUCCCACUGAAACAGAAUUCCUACCAAUAGAUUCCCAAUCCUUGUGCAAAAACAGUGUUUCCAAUGCGUACAUUCCGUAUCCCGAAGACUGCCACAAGUUUAUUCAUUGCGGACCAACGGCCACCGUCCUUACAUGUCCAGGCAACUUGUAUUGGAAUCCCAGUCAGCUUUCGUGCAGCACAUCUAACGCUGAUUGCCAGUAUCCCCAGUGA